CCUCCCCAGGGCGGGGCGAAGGCGGAGCUGGCAGAAGGGAGCGGACGAGCGCCGGGCGGCUGUGGUCCGUGCGGAGGCUGAGCCGGCCGCGGGCGCGACCGGAGGCAGUAAUUGCUAUUCUGCUUUUAUGACUUGGAGAUACUGGCUUCGGUUCUCUAGAUUCUUCAGCAAUCCUGGAGACACAUUUCCGUUGCUAUGGCAAUGACGGCAGGGACUACAGCCACCUUCCCUAUGAGCAACCAUACCCGGGAGAGAGUGACUGUGGCCAAGCUCACGUUGGAGAACUUUUACAGCAACCUAAUUUUACAGCAUGAAGAGAGAGAAACCAGGCAGAAGAAAUUGGAAGUGGCCAUGGAAGAAGAAGGGUUAGCAGAUGAAGAGAAAAAGUUACGCCGAUCACAACAUGCCCGCAAGGAAACUGAGUUCUUACGGCUCAAGAGGACCAGGCUGGGCUUGGACGACUUCGAGUCUCUGAAAGUCAUAGGAAGAGGGGCAUUUGGAGAGGUGCGGCUGGUCCAGAAGAAAGACACAGGCCAUAUCUAUGCAAUGAAGAUACUGAGAAAAGCUGAUAUGCUUGAAAAAGAGCAGGUGGCUCAUAUUCGAGCAGAAAGAGAUAUUUUGGUAGAAGCAGAUGGUGCCUGGGUGGUGAAGAUGUUUUACAGUUUUCAAGAUAAGAGGAACCUUUAUCUUAUCAUGGAGUUUCUCCCUGGAGGUGACAUGAUGACAUUGCUAAUGAAGAAAGAUACCUUGACGGAAGAGGAAACACAGUUCUAUAUUUCAGAGACUGUUCUGGCGAUCGAUGCCAUCCACCAGUUGGGUUUUAUCCAUCGGGAUAUUAAACCAGACAACCUUUUGUUGGACGCCAAGGGUCAUGUAAAAUUAUCUGAUUUUGGAUUAUGCACAGGAUUAAAGAAAGCCCACCGAACUGAGUUUUACAGAAACCUUACACACAACCCACCAAGUGACUUCUCAUUUCAGAACAUGAACUCCAAGAGGAAAGCAGAAACAUGGAAGAAGAAUCGAAGACAACUGGCAUAUUCCACAGUUGGGACACCAGAUUACAUUGCGCCAGAGGUGUUCAUGCAGACUGGUUACAACAAAUUGUGUGACUGGUGGUCUUUGGGAGUGAUUAUGUAUGAAAUGCUAAUAGGGUAUCCGCCUUUCUGCUCUGAGACACCUCAAGAAACAUAUAGAAAAGUGAUGAACUGGAAAGAAACUCUGGUAUUUCCUCCAGAGGUGCCUAUAUCUGAAAAAGCCAAGGAUUUAAUUCUUAGAUUUUGUAUUGAUUCUGAAAACAGAAUUGGAAAUAGUGGAGUAGAAGAAAUAAAAGGUCAUCCCUUUUUUGAAGGUGUAGACUGGGGGCACAUCAGGGAAAGGCCAGCAGCAAUUCCUAUAGAAAUCAAAAGCAUUGAUGACACUUCAAACUUUGAUGACUUUCCUGAAUCUGAUAUUUUACAACCAGUGCCAAACACCACAGAACCGGACUACAAAUCCAAAGACUGGGUUUUCCUCAAUUAUACAUAUAAAAGGUUUGAAGGGUUGACUCAGCGUGGCUCUAUCCCCACCUACAUGAAACCCGGGAAAUUAUGAGUGAAGAUCACAUUCUCCCACAACCAAGAGAACUCAGGUAGCUGCAUCACCAGGCUUGCUUGGCGUAGGUAACAGCGCACUGAAAUACUCCUGAAGAUGGUGGUGCUUAUGCCUACAAGAGGAAAUUCUACAGGAUUAGGAUUUCUAAGACUACUAUAGGAAUUGGUUGGCAGUGCCAGCUGGCUUUUUUUUUAAAUAUUUUAUUAUUUUUGUUAACUUUAUUAUACGAAGGUACUGGAAUAAAAGGAACGUACAUCCCUUUCUAACUGCACUGCCUACAUGCGUGUUAAGGUCCAUUCUGCCUGUGUGUGCUGUGGCUUUGUACUGUAACACCUUUAACCAAUUCAGGAGCAACAUAUCAUUUAAAGCAACAUAGGCUAACCUGUAGGUAACACUGCAGUACUGCUGUUUCACUGCAAAUCUGAUGGGUCUAGAUAAUCAAUAAAAGCCAUCUUCCAUAGUUGGUGUCAGAACACUUGCCCUACUGCUUUGGACAGCUAUAGAUACAUAUGAAGACAAUUUCUAUAAUGGUUUUAAGAAAUUUUAAAAGAAAAUACACUGGUUAUUUAAAAAAUAGGAUUUAUCAUCAUGUUAUAACACAAACUCCACAGUAGGGAGUGACAAGUUUGUAACAAGGAGGAAGUUUAACAUCUUCACUCAAGCACUCCACUAAUAUAUUUACUUUGCAUUCAGAAACACUGAUGACCUUUAUAUACUUAGUCUGUGUACUCAUAGGGGAGAUGUACUAUAUUAUAUAAAAUGUAAAGUUGCUUUUCUUGUGACAAGAGGACUUCUUUUUUAACAAGAGGACAUGGCAUUAUUUUAAUUUGAUUAUGGUGAGUUGAAUAUAAGAAAUGACCAUGAAGGCUGCUUGUAGAACCUAGUGUAUUUUUAUUAAACUAUUUUUUUAAAUGUCAAACUUCUGAUCAUGUAAAUGGACUUGUAGAGUACAAAGAGCUAUUUACUUUGGUCUUCUAGAAAGUUGUUACAUAUCAUGGCUGGUUAACUUUUAUUUUUUUUAAUGAAAAAUUUUCCUUUGAUAGUACUUGUAUGAUUGUGCCAUUAUUUUCUUAUACUCCAAAUGUACCAAAGAUCCUGAACAGAGUGGAUGUUCACAGCGAAGUGGAAUUUUGCUUUCUUGUGGGAAUACCAUAAUCAGACAUGGUAGACCUUUGAUGUAAAUCAGCUUACUGAAGGGCAGUGUCAUUCACGUGUGGCUACAUUACUGUGGAGACCGGGAACGGCGUUGAGGAGGUAGAUGGAGGCGGAGGUGUUGUGAUUAGAUGAUGGUGUCAGCAUCAAUUUCUUUGGCUAUUUCCCUAAGAAUUAAAUCUUUCUAGCUCAACAUUUUAAUUCUAAAAUGACUCUCUGCAGUAUUACUUUCGUAAAUACUAGUUAAGGAAUAAUACUUUAUCAAAGAAUGGCCUAAUGUUUGUCUGAACUGUUGAUUGAAUUUUUUAAAAGAUACAACAAAUAUAACCAUUAUAAAUGAUCUGUGAGCAAAAUCGAAAAUGAUGAUUUAUCUUUAGGGAUAUUUUCCCUAAUUGGGAAGAAUUCCAUAGGAUCAUUAUGCAAAUCUACAAAAGGUGUUACAAACGUUGCUGCUAGGUCGUUCCACAAUGUUUCAAUGAGGCCGUUCUGGGGACUCCCCCACCAAAUUCACUCCCUUCUCUUCUUCCCUCCUUCCUCCCUUUCAUUCGUAUAUUCUAAUAUUAGUUUAAUACUUAUUAUGUGUUCCUCUAAUAGUUCAUCUCCACUUUCUUGUUCAGAUCACGUGGCCAAGUAGAAGAACUGUUAAAAUUCUGGGGUUAUCUCAAUUUUACUCACUCAGUUUUUCUAAUCAUAACUGCUGCUAAUUUGAAAAGAAAUCUUUAACUUCUGCUGAACUUUAGGAGAUUUUUCUCACCACACCUCGCUGCCACCCCCCUUCCUUGUUAAAGGACUGUUUUGCUAGUGUUACAGUGAAUGAGUAAUAUCUGAGGAAAUGGCAACAUUCCCUAGUUCUUAUAUGGUAACUGUUUCGGUACAGAAAACUAUCAUCAGUCCAAGUCGAGAGAGAGAUAAAGGAACUGACUUGUCUAAAUUUACUUUUUAACUGAAUAAGAAAUUGAGCAUUUUAGUUUUCUUCUCCCUCCUUUUUGUUAACACGUGGAACUUGGAAAUAGCUCUGUGACUUCUGGCCGUGAAAGGCAGUGGCGGAAGCUUACUGUGUUUAGGGUCUCACUUCCCAGGAGUUAACAGAGUGAUUCACAGUGUCUGGGUUUCCUCCUUAUCAAAAGCAUUUCUUAAGUGCCUAUCUAAAAGCAAUUAAAGACUGUGUCAGCCCUUUGGAAGCUAAGAAUUUGAUUCAUGAUGCAAGCUAGCUAGCAAAUUUGUGAAGUACCCUUGAGAUUGAAUCUUCUCUAUUGUACAUUUUCCAUAUUUCAGGUGAACCAUUUAAUUUAAAUGACAAAACUCUUAUCUACUCAACUGGGCAUAAUGACAUUUUCUUUAAAUUAGACUCUAUUUUGAAUUAAAGAGUUUUAUUAUAAACUGUGUGUUUUUGGUUUUUCUAAGUAUAUAGAAAGCUUGUAUAAUUCAGAUUUAUUGAUUUCCUGAUUUAAUGUAGACCUUGACUUUUUUAUUAAAAAAACUUUGUAUUAAA